ACGACGCUGCAUGCUGCUAACGUUGCCAAGCUAACGCUACGUGUCAGCCUCUGUUCUAGGUACUUAGAAGUGUAAUGGAUUUUGGGUUCCGUUUUAAUUUUAGGGACUGAAAACUUCCUACUGUGUGUUUACCGUGAAAAGGGUUAGCUGUCUGAUUCCAGGCAAACGGUGCCAGAGUUGCUUGGGCCACAUGACUAUGGAACGUUGUCUCGGAUAGCACUUUCCGAUUACAAAAUUAGACUUGCUCUAAUACGCUAUAGAAUAAUAGUGGGUUUAAAUUACACGAUCGCGGAACUCGUCUUCUUGAUUGCGGUAGAUAACGUCGUGUGUAAUCGUCGUCUAGCGGUUAGUCUAGAGUCAAGCAUCUGCAGUAGCAGCAACAAUUGGAGUAUCCUAGAAAGUGACCCGAUGAAUCAGUAAACCAUAAUGGGGCAUCAACUGGCAGACACUGACAAGGACAACUCUACCAUUGCUGAUGACAGAAAUCAGCAUAUUGCCAUCGUCGGCAUAGGCUGUCGUUUUCCAAAUGGAGCUAACGACGUCGCUGCGUUGUGGAAGUUGCUUUCCAAAGGAGCUGAUUGCACUACGCCUGCUGAAGAUCGUUUUUACGGCGCGUCGAGCUACUACAACCCAAAAAAGAAGGUGCCUGGUAGAAUGUACAACCAUUGUUGCGGAUACUUGACGACGCCUAAUGAUCACUUUGAUCGCAAUUUCUUCUCUAUGUCGCCCGCUGAAGCGAGUCACAUGGAUCCACUAGUACGGUUACUUCUUGAAGUAACUUGGGAAGCUUUGGAGGACGGUGGCAUACCUGCCAGCAGUCUGCAGGGGAGCAACACAGGAGUGUACAGCGGGGUUUUAACUGAUGAAUACGCAGCUUUCUGCACCGAGCCUUUGCAAAACAUGACCGCGUACACCAGCUCAGGCAACAACCCGUGUAUGAUUUCUAACCGAAUUUCUUACCAGUUUGACUUUCGCGGUCCUAGCUUAACCAUCUCUACGGCUUGUUCCUCUUCACUUUACGCCAUUCAUCUUGCCUGCGACGCAUUGCGUCGCGGAGACUGUAAUUUAGCUUUGGCAGGAGGAGUAAAUCUUCUACUUCUUCCUGCAGUAAGCAUAGGCCUGUCACAAGCACAGAUGCUGGCAGGCGACAGCAAAUGCAAAAGUUUUGACGCUUCUACUGAUGGAUAUGCAAGAAGCGAAGGAGCCGCAAUGAUUGUGUUGAAACCACUGUCAAAGGCUCUUGCUGAUAAUGACGGCAUCUACGCCAUCAUACGUGGCGGUGCUUUCGGUACCGACGGUAAAACGGAUGGUGUCGCUCAGUCUAGCUAUGAGGCUCAAGUUGCAGUAUUGGAGAAAGCUUACAGAAACGCGGGCGUGCAUCCUAGUCAGGUGGUUGCUGUUGAAGCUCAUGGAACGGUGACACAAGCUGGCGACACAACAGAAGGCAACGCACUGGGCCAAGUGUUGGGCAAAUGUCGCGAUCAAACUCAACCAAGUCUUUACGUCGGUUCGGUUAAGUCUAACUUUGGACACACUGAAGGUGCGGCUGGGGUUGCUGGAGCCAUCAAGGCCGCCCUGGAGUUACGCAUGAAACAGAUAGCGCCAGUUGUUCAUUUCAAAAAUCCCAAUCCGAAAGUCAAUUUUGAUGUUUUGAAACUGAAAAUUCCAACUCUUCUUACUGAUUUUCCUUAUCACGACGGUCCAGCGUUGAUUGGCUGUAGUUCGUUUGGAUUUGGUGGCGCAAAUGCUCACAUUGUAAUGCAAGAAGCUCCCACACCACGUCGGAUGAGGAAGAUUCCAUGUUCUGAUUAUGGUAAUAAAAACAGCACAAUAGGAGCUUCUGCACAGCUAUUGGUAAUCUCUGCAGCCUCACUCGCUGCCUUAAAAGAACAUGCACAUAACUGGGCUUCUUUCCUGCUUCAAACAGCGGACAGUACUAAGAUAUUUAGAGAUAUCUUGUACAGCGCCGCCCUUCGUGCUCACCAUCACACUCAUCGCUUAGCCGUUGUUGCUCCAACUCCACAAGAAACCGCCAGUGUUCUACAUGACUUCCACAAUGACAAAGUCUCAAAAAGUUUGGUAUCAGCCACAGUCGUGGGUGAAGAAACACGUCGGCCUCUUGUCUUCGUCUACUCCGGAAUGGGAACACAGUGGUGGGCAAUGGCGAGGCAACUGAUCAAAGAACAACCAGUGUUUGCAAGAAAAAUUGGAGAAAUUGGAUACUUACUGAAGCAACGAGGUGCAAAAUGGUCGCUGAUAAAGGAGUUGACCGAACAGCAAGAGAACAGUAUCAUUAGUCAGCCAGAUAUUGCUCAACCCGCCAUUUUUGCCGUCGAAGUGGCAUUAACAGAACUGCUGCGAUCUUGCGGCAUAUUUCCGUCUGUUGUAGUGGGGCACGGUGUUGGAGAAAUAGCCGCCAGUCAUGCGGCCGGAGUUCUCACUCUACCGCAAGCGGUCAAAGUCAUCUACCAUUGCGGUCGUCUACUAAGAAGAACUGUAGGAAACGGCACAAUGCUUGCUGUUUUUUCAGACGUAGAAACCGUAAAGAGACACCUUCCACCUCAAUCACAAUUUUUCAAAGAAAGGGAAGAUGGAUAUCAAUUUGAGAAUAUUGAUAUUGCGGCUGUCAACAGUCCUAGUCAGGUCGUAUUGUCCGGUAGCAAGUCAGCUCUGGAGCAAGUGCAAGCAACUCUGAAGAGGUCGAACAUAAGUGCCAUUUUCUUGCCCAUCACCAGUGCGUUUCACAGCUACCAACAGGCGACUCUACAAGCAUCUGUCUUGAAGAAGCUUCGAAAGCUUCAAUCUGUCAUUGAUGCUACUUGUUCCGUUCCCAUGAUGUCUACAGUUACUGCCGACUACGUGACGUCAGAAAUGGUUGCAUCCGCAGAGUAUUGGUGGACUAAUAUUCGAAGUCAAGUGAGAUUCAAAGGUGCCAUCGAGAAUCUCUUGAACGAUGGUUUCAAGCACUUCAUAGAAAUUGGUGCUCACUCCGUUCUCGUGCCUGCCAUGAAGCAAAUAUUUUUCGCCUUGGGAUUAAGCCAAGAAGCCCAUGCAACGCCAACGCUGAGACGUUCAAAGGACAUUUCACAAGUUGCCAAUGACCGUCACAACUUUCUUUACUCUUUGGGUUCUCUCUACAUCACAGGAGUUACUGUCGACUUCACUGCUCUCUAUAGGCCAAACGAUCACACUUUUACACCUCUACCUCUGUAUCCUUGGCAGCGCGAGCUCUGUUGGACAUGUGACUCAAACUUUACAAACAGAAAUCUGUUUCCUGUAACGAGUCAUCCUUUGUUAGGACAGCGACGUGCUGUAAAGCCGAAAUGCGUAGAAAAAGAGUCGAUUGUGUGGCAGUGUAGCUACGACGGUGCAGCUCUGCCGUGGCUUGCCGAUCACGUCAUCCAAGAAAACGUAGUUAUACCAGCUGCUGCUCAUCUCGAGAUCUGCUACGAAGCUGCCAAACAGCUGGUCGAUUCUGCGUCUUUUCUCCUCAUCAAUGUCACGUUGGAGCAUCGUUUAUUUGCCAAAGACAGCAAAGCUACGGUCACCACAGUUGCUGAACGUCGAGGACGUUCAACAUACUCGAUAGGAGUAUACACACAGCAUGUUAACGGAACUUGGCAACGUCAUUCUCACAGCAUCAUUAGCACUCAACAGCAAGAUGAUGUUGCUUUGCCUAUUGACGACUUUGAUGCAGUGAAAGAACGAUGUGUACGCCGCCUGUCAAUGGAUGACUUUUACAAGAUGGUUAACAGCUUGGAAAGUGUGCAUGGAUUCAGUCUAGGUUCUGCUUUCAAGGGAGUAAAAUACGCACUGAUGAACAACGAGUACUCAGAAUGUUUGGCUCUAGUAGAGGCUCCCUCUGGCGUAGAACGAGAAAUGCAUAAAUUUAAUUGCCAUCCAGCUUUAUUGGAUACAUGUUUGCAAAGUAUUUUUCUUAUUUUCGAGAGCACUUUCAGUACAACUAACGAUUUUCAUUGUUUUGUUUCAGCAUUUGGCGUGACGCUUGCUUUAUACAAUAUGGCUGCAAGUUUUUCCAACGCUGCGGAGAAAGCAAUAGUUUCAUAUCCUGAUUUUGUAGGAGGAUUCAAGGUCAAUGGUCUUGUGCCACCAAGAAUUUGGGUGCUUGUCAAGAUUACUGGGACUGCGGAGAGAAAACGCUCUGGAGCGGUAACAGUUAUUGAUCAUGAAACAGGUCGCACUGUUGUCCAACUGACAGACGUGACGGUAACUAGCAUCUUAAAGGCUAACGACGAACGACCUCAUUUUUGGAGACUUGAAUGGAAACGAUUGUCUCAGCUAUCUUUAUCUGGAAGUGAAAAGAUUGAUGUUAGUCGCACGUUUGCAGUUUUUGCAACAACUGGCACUUUGGGUCAGAGGCUGAGUGAUGAUUUAUCUCGGCAAAGCGUAACGAAUGAUCUAUUUGAAUUUGAAGAUACAGAUAGCUUUCCGGCCAAUUUUGAGUCUCGUGCAAAUGAACUUCUUCAAUCAGCGACUCCUUUUACCGACAUAGUUAUGUUGACAACAGGAGGAGUUAAACAACGUUUACAGUCUAACGAUGACAUUACCACCAUGACGUAUGAGCAGUUUGAGGAAUACCAAAGGCGUUUCUGCUGGCCGGUAAUACAUUUGGUUCAGGAGCUGGCCCAGCAGUAUCCUAAUUCUGUACCUAACGUAUGGAUAAUAACAGCUGGAUGCAAGCCUGUCGAUGACAAAGGUAAAAUCGAUUCUCUACAAAGCACAGUGGCAGCUUUGGCAUUGACUGUCAGUCAUGAACAUCCCGACAUUCCCCUCACAUUGAUUGAUUUACCAUUGAGUAUGUCAGACAAGGAAACAACUCUGACUUUGAUCUGUUAUCUGUCCAAUAAUCUUAGCUACGAAAAUGAAGUCAGUUUACAGCUCACUCCAGACGGUCGUGAUGUCAGUGUGUAUGUGGCUCGUGUUCGCGAAAUCGACGAAAACGAAGUGAAUGGUGACGAUUCAGAACAAACGAAUUGGAAUCUGAUUAGAAAAGGAAGAGGUAGAGCUACAAGUACAAUCACAGCAGCUCCUUUCUCGUUGGAACACAGUCUCACUGACGGCCGAAUCAUCGUCAAAGUAAACUCGUUCGUUCCGGUAGAUCACAAUACUCAACCGACACAAACACAAUUCGAUUUUACUGGUGAGAUAACUGGAUGGUUUUCCGGUUCCGUAGUAAGAUCAAGUAAUUUAAAAGACAAGUUUGAAGAAGGGAACUGCGUUACUGGUCUUAGUUCACAGAUCGGCAAGUAUAUUCUUGUGUCUGAAGACGUCAUCGCAUCGAAACCACAAGUGAUGUCUCACGAAGAAGCCGUUUGGGCCGCUAAAGAAAUGUUCCAGCCGUGGUUAUCUUUGACAAUGGGGGCCAAGUGUAAAGCUGGAGACAUCGUGUUGAUUUACGUCGAUGAGGAAAGCAACACGCUGCCUGCAUGUCAAGUAGCUAUUAGUCUAGGUACCCGCGUAUUAGUUGUAGCUGACGACCGCUGUAUAGCUAGAAUUCCUCCUCUUCGCGGUUGCAGUGUCGUCAGCAAGAGAGAAUUAGCCACUGUUGGUGAAACGAUGCAGACCUUGUUUGGAAGUGCGAAAGCAGAAGUACUUCUUUUUGGAUCAGCCGACGUAGACGAUGAAAUGCAAACGCUCACCGAUGUUUUGUGUCCCUUUGGCUCUGUUGUUGUGUAUAGUCUGAAGUAUGCCGACAAAUUAGACCAACGCAAGGACGCCAUCCAGUUGGUGUAUGUCAACCCAUCACUGACGAUCAGAGAAUGGAACACCAAGUCGAAAAUCGUCAGUGCCUACUCCAUCUUCAUGACGUUUGCUUCAAAAGCAAUCAACGAGUGGCGAAGAGCUCCCGUUACAACCCAAAGCAUUUCCCAAUGGCAACGGAUGACGCCUGACCGUGCUGUUCAAACAGCAUCGCUCCACGAUUUCGUUACCGAAAUAGACCAAGCAGUCAAUCCAUGCUUGCCGCGCACUGCGCAUUUUUUCGUUUCUUUAGUCCAAACAUAUCUUAUUACUGGCGGUCUGAAAGGGUUCGGACUCGGCCUUGCUAGAUGGCUAGUAGCGAAAGGCGCCAGGUACGUAGCAUUACUCGGUCGCAGCGCUGCUACGGAUGAGGCUCUGAGCACCGUCCGUGAGCUACAAGACAGUGGCGUAACGGUAAACAUUUUCCAAGCCGAUGUCGCUAAUGAACGCGAUCUAGAUGACGCAUUCUACAAAAUUUGCCAAUCUAUGCCACCAAUUGGUGGAAUAUUCCACUGUGCUGCAGUCUACGCUGACAGCUGGUUGAUGAAGAUGAACGAAGAAACUUACUUCAAGGUGCUCAUGCCCAAGGCAUACGGUGCUAUUCUUCUUCAUCAACAAACUGUGAAAAGGCAAUUGCCGAUCAAGCACUUUGUUCUUAUUUCGUCAGUCGUCUCUCUCUUUGGCAAUUCUGGACAAGGUAGCUAUUGUGCAGCCAACAGUUUUCUCAACGCCUUAGCUGAAUGGCGCAUUCAACGCAAACUACCGGCAACCGCUAUUCUGUUUGGUCCCAUUGGAGACGAAGGAUAUUUGGCUCGCAGUCAAGAUGUGAUGAAACAGCUGGAAAAGAAAGGAUUCUCUUCGCUCACUCUAGAUGAGGCGGUGGAUGCGAUGGCUCGAGUGCUGUGUCUCAACAUCGCUUCUAUUGGUAUACAAGGUAAUGCAGAUGUCAAAUUGAUGGUUCGCAAUUUCGUGACUUCACAUGGACCAAUGAAGUUCUCACGAGUGAAAGACUAUCUCGUCGAUGCAGAAAACUCAGAAUCAGAUUCCUCCAAAAAUGACCACUUUUCUUUGAUAACUCUUUCAGCAGAAGAGCGCUUUCCGUUUGUAGUCAACAUGUUGUCCAAAUGGCUUGAAACCAAUGUAGGCAUUGAAAGCGUCCGACACGACGACGUGCUCGUUUCUAUUGGGGUAGACUCUAUUACAGCCAGUGACCUAAGCAGUCAUUUGAGUCAGAAGCUCAACAUUUUGGUUCCUCCUGUUCGUUUGUUAAAUGAUCGUUGCACGGUUAAGAGUUUAGCUCGUACAGUCGUUGACAUGGCAGAACAAGAAAAGGAAGAAUCAAGUGGUGAUCAUCCCGAUAUCAAUAACGGUAUCCCAGAGAAUGGUAGUGGUAAAACAACAAACUCCACCACCAGGUGGCUGCACACUUUGACCGAACCGUCUGAUGUGAAUAUGAUUGUUGUUUGCUUUCCACCUACGUCGUUUGGCCUUUCGUCAUUUUCAAAGUUCAAAAAACCGCUGCAGAAGGCAAACGUUCACGCUCUUGUCGUCGUACCUCCUGGUUGGUCAGGAAGAGAAGGGGAACGAUGCAUUAAUGAUCUCGAGCUACUCGUCACGGAGGCUGUCAACGCCUUACUUCCUCAUCUUGAGCAAAGUCAAUUCGUCUUCUACGGUCACAGCUUUGGAUCACUGAUUGCUUACGAAGUAGCCAAUCGUUUGCAAACGAUACACGGCCUCUCUCCUUUGCGCUUAUUCGUGGGUGCUUGGUAUGCUCCUCAUCUUUCUGCUCUUCAUGUCAACAGCUUCAGCUUUCGUUCAGCUAUAUUUGAUCCCUCUAAUUCUGUAGCAGACGUGCUCAAAUUCGCUCAGCAGUUGCCAUUUAUCGAAAAAGAUCCCAUGCUCUUCAAACGACAACACCCGGUUGCUGUUGCUCGAUUUCGAAAUCAAGUGUUACCGUGCAUUGAAACAACCUUUAAUAUGAGUCUACGUUAUGUGGGAGACAACGGACGACUGUCGUGCGGUAUCACUGCCUUUAGUGGCAAGGAUGAUUCUUUCGUCAGCUUGGAACACGUCAUAGCUUGGAAAGAACAUGCAGUGGAUGAUCAAUCAUUCGAACACAUCUCCGUACCUGGUGGGCACAACUUUUUGCGUUCUCUUCCAAAACAAGCUCUAUCCGCUGUUGUUAGAUCGAUCACAUCAUUGCAGAAUCAUUCAAUCCAUACAAACAAGGACAGCACAAAUAAAACUGAAGCAAUGAUACAAUAGUUGGAAUGUCACAUUUAGUGCUGGCGAACAGUAGAUAUAGUAGCAAUUUUUGUAGUUUCGUGUUAGUGAUUGUGUCAAAUAUUUUAGCGUUUAUUGUGGUUAUGAUUGUGGCAUGCUGCAGAUUUACAACCGUGAGUCGAACGUUUUUGCUCAAUGUUUUGCUAGUUCUGCCGAACAUUUACAGUCGUAGUUGCUAUGAUUAGCAAUAAAGUGAUGUGUGAUGUUUGAAAUCUUUUCCACAAUUCUAUAUAUUAC